GAGAUCAAGUAUUCUCAUGGAUCCUUAAAGAUCCCAAUCUGAGUUUUAACAUCGAUACCUUGAAGGAAGAAACAAAAAAACAAGAUUAUAUUUACAUAUUAUAUAGUUAUAUAUAUCAGCAGCCGGCAACAAGGAACGCAUAAGAAAUUAGCAGAUGCGACUUUGUCUUGUAGCUCUUCCUCUUGUAUACCUGUUUUUUGACGGAAUCUUCCACUUGUAUAUUUCCCAGGCCAAAAUAGAGGCACCCGGCCGGUAGCGUAGCCAAAGCACCAAGUUUGGCAAUCAUGGACCACGGUGUGUACUACUGUCUUGUAGCUCUUCUUCCUCUUGCGUACUUCCUUCUCAAGUCGUUGUCCAAGAAAGCUCCCUGCCAUGGACUUGAGCUCCCUCCAGGCCCAUGGCAGCUCCCCGUCGUCGGCAGCAUCCACCAUCUCCGCGGCUCCCUCCUGCACCGCGCUCUGCGGGAUCUGUCGCUCCGCCACGGCCCUCUCAUGUUCCUCAAGUUCGGCGAGCUUCCGGUCGUCGUAGCGUCCACGCCGGACGCCGCGAAAGAGGUGAUGAAGACCCACGACGCCAUCUUCUCGACGAGGCCGCAGAGCUUCGCCGCCAAGACGGCGACCAAGGACGGCCAGGGCAUCGUCAGGGCUCCCUACGGCGACCACUGGCGGCAGCUCCGCAAGAUCUGCACCAUGGCGCUGCUCAACGCCAGGCGCGUCCAAUCCCUGCGGCCUGCCCGCGAGGAGGAGGCGUUCCGGUUGGUCCAAGCCGUCUCGUCGUCGUCCUCAUCGCCGUCCACCGCCGCCGCAGCAGCGCCGCUCGUGGACCUCGGCAAGCUGGUCGCCAUGUACGUGGCUGACGCGUCGUUGCACGCCAUCUUCGGCAGGCGGUUCAAGGUGACUGACAGGGACACGUUGCUGCGCUACUUGGACGAGGGCGUCCGUCUCGCCGGCGGGUUCACGGCCAGAGACCUGUUCCCGUCGUCGUGGCUGGCUCGCGCUCUGAGCCGCCGGCGGGUGCGUGUCGUACAAGCCUACUACCACUCCUUUUUCGCCUUCAUGGAUGGAGUGUUCGGUGAGCACUUGCAGCGACCAAGGUCAGGUGAAGAAGAAGAAGAGGAUCUGAUUGAUACUCUCCUCCGGAUCCAGAAGGAAGGAAACCUUCAGUUCCCUCUCACCAUGAGGAUAAUCAAAGCGGUGAUACUUGAUCUUAUCGGAGCAGGAAUCGAAACAGCAACAACAACAAUGCAGUGGGCGAUGGCUGAGCUGAUGAGGAAUCCAGGUAUGAUGGCCAAGGCACAAGCAGAGGUCAGGAGAGUGUUCAUGGGCCAAACAAAGGUAACCGAAGAUCGGCUAGGCGAGCUAUCUUAUCUGCAAAUGGUCAUCAAGGAGACCCUCCGACUGCAUGUCCCGGGGCCAUUGCUCGUGCCAAGGGAAUGCCAGGAGCAGUGCCGGAUAUUGGGCUACGACGUGCCCAAGGGAGCCAUGGUGCUCGUGAACGCCUGGGCCAUCGCUAGGAGCCCAGAUUGCUGGGAGGAGCCGGACGCGUUCCAUCCUGAGAGGUUUCUCCGUGACACGAGAGAUUUCAGGGGCAACGACUUUGAGUUCAUCCCGUUUGGCUCCGGGAGGCGGAUCUGCCCUGGGAUGACGUUCGGGUUGGCGAACAUCGAGCUCGGCCUCGCCAGCUUGCUCUUCUACUUUGACUGGAGCCUCCCGGAGGGCGUGGUUCCUGGUGAGAUGGACAUGACCGAGACCAUUGGGAUGACUGCUAAGAGGAAAGCAGACCUCUUGCUGUCUGCCAGUGCCUGUGUCAAUCUGCCGAGUUAAUGUUAAUUUGAAUAAGUUGCUCGAACUUGAGCUUGUAAUCCGGCCUGUUGAAUAUGUUUACGUUUUCGGUAGUUGUUUAAGGUGGUAUAGAAUCACGGAUGAAUGAUGUUGUGCUCGGUCCACGCCAUGAUCGCCAUGUGCGCUGCCCCCGUCAAUGAAAGAGAUCAUGGAGCAGCGUCGCGUGGCGGGGCGAUCGGGCUACAAGCCUAUAUAUAUGUGUCCAAUUAUGUAAUGGAAUGGAAAACAGCCGGAAAAGCUGCGGCCGUUCGGCAGCGAAA